AUGCCGGCUGCUCGUAAGAAUACGACGGCUCGUUUCUUGCUGUACCCUGCGGUUGCGGUGUCGCUCAAUGUGGGCCUGGCAGCUCUGUUGACGAAUACGUACAAGUGUUGCGACGAGAGUGCUCAAGAAUGGUUGUCGAUAGCUUCCAGUUUGAGCAAUCUCUUGUCGAAUGCGUCCAUUGCCAUUGUGACGUUGACUUUCUCCUUGACCGUCCUUAGCAUUCAAAUUGCCUCACAAACCUACAGUCCUCGAUUGCUCGAUGAUUUUCUGCAAGAUCCAAUUUCCCAAUUUGCCGUUUCCGUCAAUUUGGGAGCCUACGCGUACUCGUUCUUUUUACAGUACUGGUUGUUUGAAGAUGACAACAAUAGCAACAAUAACACUGAUGGCAUUCCCAUUUUGGCCAUUCAUUUCUUAUCGAUCCACAUGCUGACAGUCUUGCUCAUGUUUGUGGUUUUCAUUCAUUACUUUGUCAACAACUUUCGAUUGGAAAGCAUCCUACACAGAGCCACCGAGGCCAGUUGGCAUGCCGCGCAAAAGUUGGAAGAAGCACUCUCCAAUCAAACGGGCUUGAAAAAGGACGACGAAGAUCUACCGACAGUUCCAACAACGGCUUACAAGGUCUUGGCGGAUUACAGUGGCUACCUAUGCAAGUACAAUCUCAAUGCCGUCGUGGCCGAUGCCACCCGGUUGGAUUUGGUCAUUCGAUAUCAUCCCAACAUUGGCGAAUUUGUGGCGGAAGGAUCCCUGUUGGCGUAUGUGUGGGAUGCCAACUCAACCACUACUAAUGCAUCUGGUGAUGAUGAUGGUGAAACCAAGAGACGUCCGUCGUUUAAACAUCGUGUAUUGACUGGCAAAAGUAGUGUUGGGAGCAGGCACAGCCUAGGUGAGCAUGCUAGUAUCGACAAUCACCAAACAGAACUCGCCGUGGAAGAAAAGCUAGGUCGCAUCAUUGCCAAGGGAUUGGAAAUCACCACGGCACGAUCGGGAGAAUUGGACGUGUUGUUGGGGGUACAACAAUUGACCGAUGUCGCGGUCCGGGCACUCAGUGCCGCCGUUAACGAUCCCUUCACGGCAGUACAAGCCUUGGAUUAUCUCAGUACCCUCUUUGGUCGAUUGGCCCGGCUGAGUUUCCCCAUUGGAUGUGCCAAGGACAAAAAUGGUGUGGUGCGAUGUACAUCUCCUCGACGAUCCUUUGCCUACCUGCUUUCCAUUCUGGAUGCUAUUCGGUUCUAUGGCAAGGAUGACUUGCAAGUCAUGUACCGACUCAUUCGAUUCUAUGGUGAUUUGGGUGCCACGGUCAAAAUGGUUGGCAAAUACCAGGACCGCAUCUCUACCAUUCUGGCCCAAAUGGAACAGUGCAUGCAAGUGUGCCGCGACAAGUACCCCGACGACAAUUCGGUAGAAAAAAAGUCCAUUCAAGAACUCUAUGAUUAUAGCAUGUCAUUGAUCGUGACAUCCCAAGCCGGCAGACCGAUGUUGCAACAGAAUGAAGCCAUUGAAAAGGACUUGACCGAUCUGGAAACUACCUACGUCAAACCCACCAGUCAGUUCUUUGAUACAUUGAAGGACGAACACAAGGUGGCCAUGAAGAGCGUGCAUGAAAGCAGCACCCGCGAAGAGUGA